AUGACAGGUUAUUUGGAAACAGAUAAAUUUCGCCGACCAAUUCUUUCAGAAGUGCUUAUCAAUCAAGCUAAACGAGCUAAAUAUGCAUCAGAAUUUGAAACAAAUACAAGUGCAUAUGUCAAUUUAAUGUUUCAUGAAUUAACACAUGGAUUAGGCGCAUUGUUUACUAAUUAUCAUCAUAAAAAUUCUACCCUUUUUUAUUCAACAAAACAAAACUAUUGUAAAUUAUCAAAGUAUGGAAAGAAUUUCUCAUUUAUCACAGGCCCUUAUUCGCAUUUGUUUGCGCAAAAACAUUAUGGUGUUGAUGUCUUCGUUGGCGAUGAUAAUAAUUGUACAUCAGGCAUCGAAAUAGAAGAUGGCGGUGAUGAAGUUGGAACAGCUAGUGGACACAUUAAAGCUAGCAGAUUCUAUUUAGAUUUGAAUAUCGGUAUGUCAAUUCAAGAUUUUGGAGUAAGGUUUGAACGAAUUCGAAGAAUGGCAAUCCAGUGA